GCUCCUUAGUACUAGCAGUUAGCCAGCCGAGGAGAGUACGCAGAAGCUAAAUAGAUAUCUCAAAAUGGCAACGGCUAUUUAUUUGGAGCAUUAUCUUGACAGUAUUGAAAAUCUACCAUGCGAGUUACAGAGGAACUUCACUUUGAUGCGGGAAUUGGACAACAGAACCGAAGAAAAGAAAGGAGAGAUCGACAAACUGGCGGAGGAGUACAUAGCAAAUGUGAAGAACCUGGCCUCGGAGCAGAGAGUGGAACACCUGCAGAAGAUCCAGAACGCCUACAGCAAGUGCAAAGAGUUCAGUGAUGACAAAGUGCAGCUUGCAAUGCAGACAUAUGAAAUGGUGGAUAAACACAUCCGCAGACUUGAUGCAGAUCUGGCUCGGUUCGAGAAUGAGCUGAAGGAGAAACUAGAGCUGAGUGGUUAUGAAAGUACAGAAGGAAGGGGACUGAAGAAGAACGAUAUUAGGGGCCAGAAAGAUAAGCGUGGAUCCAGGGGUCGAGGAAGGAAGGGUUCUGAUGAAGAUUCUCCCAGGAAGAAGAAGAAGAGCAGGUAUCUUUGCAUGGUGGAUUAUUAAAGGAAAAGUCCCGUCAGCAAGGAAUAAUAAAUCAAUUAU